CUCCUCCCGAAACAGGCAGGACAGCGUCGUCACAACACAACACGAAAUCCGUUGAGCCAACCCACAAACCUCUCCCCACUUGACACUAUAAUCCAAAAGACAAUCACAAUGGCUGAAUCUGGCGUCGUCAACUUGGAAUCUCGCGAAGGCGAAUGCUUCGAAGUCCCCGUCAAGGUAGCUCGGUUGUCUCAGAUGAUUGAUGAGAUGUUUGACGAAGACGAGGACAUGGAAGACAAGAAGGUUCCACUGCCCAACGUGUCGGCGGAUGUCCUUCGGAAAGUGAUUGCCUUUGGCAAACACUACCAGGAAGAACAAAUGACUCCCAUCCAAACUCCCCUCAAGUCGAGCAACAUUGACGAUCUCGUACAAAAAUGGUAUGCCGAGUUUGUGGAUCUUCCGCAAAAGCAACUCUUUGAACUCGUCGCGGCGGCCAAUUACUUGAAUAUCAAGCCGCUCCUCGAUUUGACCGUAUUGGCGGUUUCCAUUCUCAUCAAGGGAAAAUCGGCAGGGGAACUGCGCGAAAUCUUCAAUGUCACCAGUGAUGCAGCAGACGGAGAAGGUGAUGCGGCCGCAGCUGGAAAUGCCGAUGGCGACAACUAAACAAACAGGACACAAAAAGAUUGGCAAAUAUAUAAUUGGGUCGCUAUGCUUCACUUGGGUCGCGGCGGAGGGAUGGAUGAAUGGCAUGUCUUUUUUCUUUUUUUCUUUCUUGGGUGAUUUGAUUGAACUUGAGCAUCAAAAAUAUUCGACAAUCAUCAUCAUCUGCUUCGAAUCAUCAUCUGCUUGCGGUGACGGUUGCCUACAUGUACACAAGAAUUUCAGACGGAUCUGUAAUUUGCGCUUCCAGAUGAUGGUGUGAUGCCCUAAAACUUAUCAAAACAGUUCCGACCACACUAGCUUCCGCUGGUUGCUGCGUCUCACUUUUAGUUCGUUCCGUUCUCGCGGAGAUAUACUUAGUCUUGGUCUGAAACGGCGCAGCUAUCUAG